AUGAGCUUAGAUUCGGAACAUAGUAACGAAACGCAGCAACUUAUGCAAAAUGAGGGGGAAGACGAGGAGCAGAAAGUGUCGCUAUCGGCUACUUCUCCCGUAACAAGCAACAAAUUAUCCAGCGGUGCAGCGAGUUUAACAUCAAAGAAUGCCCAAGGCUACUCAAACACAGCAAACAGCCUUAACGAUUCCACAAAAAUGUCGUAUGUAAACGAACGGCGACAACAUAGAGACUUCAUGCGCUCAUACAAUAAUAGACCAAAGCACAUACCUAAGGAAACCCCAGACGUUAAACAUAUGGAAAAGGCCUUGUUAGAAUUACUAGAUGACUUCCACACAGGUAAACUUAGUGCAUUUAGCACAGGCUGCAGCAUGGAACAGAUGGUGGAUGUAAGAGAUCAACAAGAACAUUUGGCUAGGUUACAUUUCAAGUUGUAUGGAGACCCAGAGAAACCAUCUGAGGAUAACUUUGAGAAUUCAUCGGCAAAAGACAAGAUGAGUCAACUUGUACAGAGUUUAGAACAAUUGUCAACAUCUAUUGAACGAUUGCAAUCUGACGAGCCAGUUGGGACAAAUUCUGAGAAAAAGGAAUAA